UUGGGGGAAACGUGCAGCCGACAAGGGCGUUCUGGAGCUUCCUCGGUGCGCCCCACAGCGCUUUGGAAUGGCCGCGGCGCCCCGCAACUCUCGGGCGUUGCCAAAGGUGUUCCGGACCCAACCAUCCAUAGCAAUUGUGGAUGAAAUCAUCUCAGAUCAAUCAAUUCGACAAUUCAAUUUGACACAAGCUACUUUUCUGUACUGCACACAUACGUGGAAAGGCGAACCCAUGGUGCUCAUUACCGUUCACCUUGUACUAUUCGCCAACUUCGCCCUGCCACUGCAGGCAGUAACGCUGCAGAAUGCAGCAGAUGAGGCGCUGCUCAGGCGUGCUGGUCGUGGCGCUGCAGCGGGUGAAGCUGGCAAUCGCAAUGGCAUGGUAACUCUCCAGCACCUUAUGGACCAGCACGUCGCGUCGGAGACCGAGCUCCAUCUUCGUGCGGGCGAAACGUGGCGCAAGUACGCAAACCAACUUGCCGAUAGCGGAUGCAGCUACAAAGGGGGGUUGUUGCCUUGCCCCAAUGGCAACAUCUGUUAUUACACAGGACACGGAGGCUUGAACGUGACAGCCACAGUGGAAUAUCGCGGGAACAUCAUCAAGACAGUCAUAUCCCCCGACCCUGAUGCAGGAAUCGACAUGCCAGACAUCGUGACGUUCUUGGGGGCUAGUACCGACGACGCUCCGGCGAUGCUGAUGGAUGUGCCAGCGGAAUACCGGCGAACAGCGAACCCCGUCAUGCUGAAGAUGUUUUUCGUCGAGGAUACUGAUGAUGUCACUGAGCAGUGCCCUCAUGACAGUGAGCGCGUGGAGUCCGUGGGGAACGGCAGUGCGUCGUACCGCCUGGAGAACAACACGAUCACAGUUUCAACACAAAGCCCGAACACGUUCAUGGGCAUGGCCUUCGAUUUCGUCAGCGAGGCACCUGUGGGUCAUACCCUGGCCUUCGAGAUCCCUGUCGGGACGGAGAUCGUCUGGGUGAGCCGUGCAGAGAUGGUCGAGGUGCUCCAGUCGGAGGAGUUGCCGGCUUCCCUCGAGAGGCGCUUAGAGGAGCAGUUACGCAAGUCUGCUUUGGCCAAGGGGAUGGAUGACGCGCUCACGCAGAAGGGAAGCAGGCGGCGCAGGCGGCGCAGGUCGGGCUGCUCAGCCGGACAGACAGGCGCCAUGGCAGGAGGUGCAGCCGCCGUGGCCGUCGGAGUCUUAGCUUGCGUGUUUACUUUCAUCGGCUGCUUCACCGUGUCGCCGUUCUUGGUGACGAUGGGGACCAUCUCGGUGACAAACGGGGCUUGCGACUGUUGGGCUAACGAUAACGCGGGACAGACCGCUUGCGGGUUGGCGCGGUGAGCGGUGGCCGAACACCCUCGGCCCUCGCCCCAGGCGAAAUUCUAGGUUCAUACCCUUGUUUUCAUGUGGGGGCGAGGGCUGCGAGAGCGCAAUGACAGUCUCCAACAACAGCUGGCGGGCUACCAGCGCGAUCAGGAUAUGGGAUGUCUUGCAUUGAGGGGCUGGGAGCAUGGGAUCGGAGGGGAAUGGCAUGAAGGUGCGACGCACGGGUCUGCUGCAACGUUUUGCAAGUGUUGCCCCCUCGCAGCUCCGAUCUUACGAUCCAUGAGGAGGAGUGGGAGAGUGGUGGAGCAGGGAGGAGGUAGUCGAAGAC